CCCGCCUUUCCUCUCCCCCGUCUCCUCCUCUUCUUGAUUCCUCGUCUCCUCCAUGGAUCAGGAUCCCUUCUUGCUCCGCUUCGCUGUAGUAAUGUUCCUUCUUCCAUGGACGGUGAUGAAUGAUGAUGUCGACGUUUUUGUUGUUGUAUUCUUUCCUAGAUUGGCAGCUUGCUGUCCACAGCCUAGCGACCCUCCCUCUCUUUUGUGCGCCCACUGUUGCCUAGCCGCUUGUUUCUAGCGGACGCCCAGUUCUUGGGGAUGAGCGAAGCUUGCCGGAUCCCGCUGGAGCCGAGCCUGUUUCGAUUCCACCUCUUUGUAGCUUCCUCUGUCUGAAAAUCGUUUCAGAUAGUCCCCAGAUUUUUUUGGCGUCACCUUGGCAUCCUCUUCCCCAAUUCGGCCUCUUCCACCCCCAGGGCUCCAGCGGUUUUCCCCUUGAUUUCUACCCCGCCGCAGGCCUUCGGGCCGCGUGCGGCGUGUCACAUCCCGGUGGUUCCAUGCCCGCCUCCGACUGCUAGUUCCUGAUCGUUUCCCCUCCUGCAUGGCCUGAAAAUCCUUGCCUUGUCUGUCUCUUCGUCGCUGCUUCUUGCUGUAAUUUUGCUGCUGAGCUCUAGCCUGACUUCUGUUAGUAGAUGGGUUGUUUGUCACACGCCAAUGGAGUCUUCUUGAUUCCACUCAUUAUCCUCACCGGCAACUCUGCUCCCACAUCAUUUAUGUAUCACUCGGAUUAACCCUGCAACUUUUUCCCUCAGCGCGUCUGAAAUUUUACCGCUUCAUUCAGAGGAGCCGAGCAGGCGAGCACGUCGCAACCUUCCAUUUAAGCGCAGUUCCUGAGUGCCCAACUGCAGAGCACAGUGAAGCUGCGUCCGUUUCCCCAUCACUGUCAUCAAUGAGCUCGCCAUGCCUGCCUGGUCCUUGCCCCUCCUAUUAAUGGCGUAACUGUACGCGCAUAUCCCGCACCUGCUAAUGUGCAUCGUCGUCCUCCUCCCGCCUCAUUCCUCCACUGCUGGCGUAAAUGGGAUAACAGCUACAGCUCAUCUUCUUCGCCCUUUUCUAUGCGAGGUUUAAUGCCCGUUUGGUGGCGACUGCUAGCUUCUCCACCCCUUGAAAAACCUUACUUCAUUCUUCCCCGCAAAGAGAAAGACCUGAUCUUCUUUUCCGUCCGGUGGCGGUGUUGAUUUGGAUUCUUGCAAGACAUCCUUGCGCGGUUCUGCGGUAGGAUCAGGAGGUUGGUGGUCGCCGGCGCAGAGUCCGCGAAGCGGCCUCCGAGGGUUGCACUGCACGGCUUCCCCGGUGGCGCCGAGGCGUUCGAGCUCGUCGCGAGGUGGUGUUACGCCGACGCCGAAAGCGGCUGCGGCGGCGCGGUGACCGCGGCCAACGCUUGCGUGCUCCGCUGCGCGGCGGAGUUCUUGGAUAUGGCGGCGGACGCGCCCGAGGCGGCGUCCACGGCCGCGCCGAGCCUGGUGAGGAUGACGGAGAAGGCGCUCGAGGAGAUGCCGCACUGGCCGUGGCACACCGUCGUGGACGCCGUGAAGCAGUGCCAGCGCCUGCUCCCUCUCGCCGACACCACCGGCGCAUUCGACGCGGCCGUGGCCGCGCUGGUGUGCCACAUGACGGUGCCCCCGCCUGCCGGGGACGCCACGCCGACGAGCUCCUCGCCGGAGAGCUCGGCGUUCCGGUUCUCUUGCGACACCAAGAGCAGCAGCCUCAGCCUGCGGGGGUCCUGCAUCAGCCGCACCUGGUGGUUCGACGACCUCGUGUCGCUCCGCCCCGGCACGGUGGAGCGCGUCGCCGCGGCACUCCUGGCCAGGGGCACCGACCACCGCGUCGUCGCCCGGUUCCUCUUCUACUACCUCAAGUGCCGCAUCGCCGGCGCGAGCGCCGAGGACAAGAAGGAGAUGCUGGAGGCGUCGGUCACCGUCAUGUCCGGCCUCGACCGGAGCGCGGUCUCCUGCAAGGGCCUCUUCGGCAUCCUCCGGAUCGCCGCGCCGCUGAAGCUGACCGACGCGUGCCAGCAACGGCUCGUCGCCAUGAUUGGCCGCAAGCUGGACCACGCCACGCUAGACAACCUCCUCGUCCCGGCGCCGGCGGGUACGGGCAGCCUGUACGACGUGAGCCUGGUGCUCAGGUUCUUGGAGGCCUUCCUCCGCGGCAGCGCCCCCGACGAGCCGGCGAGGCUGAAGAAGGUGGGCAGGCUCAUCGACCUCUACCUGGCCGAGGUCGCCCCGGACCCGUCUCUGCGCCCGGCCAAGUUCCUCGAGCUCGCCACCGCGCUGCCAGCUCCGGCGAGGGACUGCCACGACGCGCUGUAUCGCGCCAUCGACGUCUAUUUCCAGGUCCACGGUCGCCUGACGGAGGAAGAGAAAAUGAAGAUCUGCAGGGGCCUGAGCUACGAGAAGCUGUCGCCGGAGUGCUGCAAGCACCUGGCGAGGAACGGCGGGUUCCCGACGAGGGCGGCGGUGCAGGCGCUGGCGUCGCAGCACACGGUGCUCAAGAGUCUGGUCCUGCGCGACCCGUCCGAGCUGAAGCCGGUGGCGCCGUCCCCUCCCCCGUCCACCGUGAAGCGCCGCGAGACCUGCUACGACGACGGCGGCCGCGGCGGCGGCGAGAACGACGGGCAGGUGAUCCUGUACGCGGGGCGGCUGGACCUGACGCUGGAGAACCAGAACCUGCGGUCGCUCCUGGACGGGAUGCACUGGCGUGUGAUGGAGCUGGAGAAGGUGUGCAGCCGGAUGAAGACGCAGAUGACCAAGAUGAAGGCCAGGAGGGCCGCCAGCCGCACCGCCAGGUCGCUCCCCAGGAUGUGUUCUUGAUCCACCCCACUCUGCUGCCAUCUGGGGUGAUCACUGAUCAUAAACACACUGUGCCAUAGUGAUGUACAUAGUGUUAGAAUCAAUCAAGUGCAGGUUUUAGCAUAUCUGCGUAUUGUCUUGCUUCUAUUUUUUUUGGCUUCAUUUUUGCCAUGUUUCCUCUGUGUAUGAUGUGCUAUCAGUUCUUGGUGAUUCGAAAGAAGAGCCGGUUUGAGUGGUCCAUCAGUCAAUCUGAUCUGAAGAUAUGUGUGACAUACCUGAAGAAUCUGACAAUGCUAUAGCUUUUGUACA